AGGCUCUGAGGAGUACAGUGAUUUAAAUGCUUUUUUCCAGAUCAAUAUUAGUGUGCCUUUUUGAAAAUGGAUAGUACAGAAUUACAGCAUGUACGCUCUGGGGGUUCUCAGUGUUUUUAAAUUUAAGCUGUGCUAUUUUUGUGCUCAUCUGUACGAGCUGCCAAUUUUCAUGCAAAUUAUGGCUUCUUAAAAUAACUGAAUAUACAGAAGCACUGUUGAGUUUCUUUCAGAGGAGAGCCUUCAUCUCAACGCAGUAGCUUGAUUUUAGUAGGUUUUUGUAGCAGGCCAACACUUCUUGUACAGCCUGGCACGGUUCUUCAAGGACCCAGUUCAGCGGGGAUCCAUGCUGCGCUCCAAAAUGCUUCCAACGUGAGCACAGACCCACCUCAAAGCCUUGUCCGAAGUCGGGGUGCAGCCCACGCUCGCCUUUGGCUGUCGCUUUGGCACAGGCUCCCAGCUUGAGGCAAAGCCGCAGAGCUCGAGCUCCGAGCCGCGCAGAUGGAUCCCGCUGUGGAAUUUGCUUUCGCGCCAGCCAAGGGCUGGGAGCGGGGCUGGCGUGCGGGCAUGAGGCGCGGAGGGAUCAUCCCUACACCCGGCAGCCCGAAUCCAAAUAAACUCUGUCCGCUCAGCUGCCCUAAAACUGCCCGAACAGAUCGGCCCUGCAAAUAUCGGCCCCCACUUCUGGCUCUGUAAAUAUUUUUCUUUUAAUGAAAAGCGUCGGCCGAGUCGGAUCCUGCCCUCUCCCUCCCCGAUAGCCGAGGCCGGCCUCCGGCUCGGCGCUCCCGGGAAGAUGUGGGUGAAGCUGUGCUGUUUGCUGCUCUACUUCCUGGCGCUCUUCGUGCUGGCCCGGGUGUUCGAGGCCGUGGCGUGGUACGAGAGCGGCUUCCUCGCCACGCAGCUGGUGGACCCGGUGGCGCUGAGCUUCAGGAAGCUGCGGACCAUCCUGGAGUGCCGCGGGCUGGGGCACUCGGGGCUGCCCGAGAAGAAGGAUGUGCGGGAGCUGGUGGAGAAGUCAGGAGACCUCAUGGAAGGAGAGCUUUAUUCAGCUCUCAAGGAGGAAGAGGCCUCUGAAUCGGUUUCCAGUACAAACUUCAGUGGUGAAAUGCACUUCUAUGAGCUUGUAGAAGACACAAAAGAUGGGAUCUGGCUGGUACAGGUCAUAGCAAACGACAGAAGCCCACUGGUGGGUAAAGUCCACUGGGAGAAAAUGGUGAAGAAAGUCUCAAGAUUUGGCAUACGUACUGGCACUUUCAACUGCUCCAGUGACCCCAGAUACUGCAAGAGGAGGGGUUGGCUGAAAUCCACCCUCAUUAUGUCGGUUCCACAAACCAGCACCUCCAAGGGAAAAGUCAUGCUUAAGGAAUACAGCGGGCGCAGGAUUGAAGUAGAGCACAUCUUCAAAUGGAUCACAGCCCACGCUGCCUCUCGGAUCAAAACCAUCUACAACUCUGAGCAUUUGAAAGAAGAAUGGAACAAAAGUGACCAGUACCGGGUGAAAAUAUACCUGUUUGCCAACCUCGACCAGCCUCCGGCGUUCUUCUCUGCACUAAGUGUAAAGUUUACUGGAAGAGUAGAGUUUAUUUUUGUCAACGUGGAAAACUGGGACAAUAAAAGUUACAUGGCAGAAAUUGGUAUCUACAAGACACCAUCGUACAUACUGAGGACUCCUGAGGGGAUUUACAGGUAUGGAAAUAACACUGGUGAAUUUAUAUCACUACGUGCCAUGGAUUCCUUUUUGCGCUCGUUGCAACCAGAAGUUAACGAUUUAUUUGUCUUAAGUUUAGUUUUGGUUAAUCUGAUGGCUUGGAUGGACCUGUUUAUUACACAAGGCGCCACUAUAAAGCGUUUUGUGGUUCUUAUAAGCACUUUAGGGACGUAUAAUUCACUAUUAAUUAUUUCCUGGCUACCAGUGUUAGGUUUUUUGCAACUGCCCUACUUAGACAGCUUUUAUGAGUACAGUUUAAAACUCUUCAGGUACUCAAACACAACUACUUUGGCUUCUUGGGUGAGGGCAGACUGGAUGUUCUACUCUUCUCAUCCAGCCCUGUUCCUCAGCACGUACCUUGGCCAUGGUUUACUAAUUGAUUACUUUGAGAAGAAGCGAAGGCGCAAUAACAACACGGAUGAAGUAAAUGCCAAUAACCUGGAGUGGCUGUCGAGCCUGUGGGACUGGUACACCAGCUACCUGUUUCAUCCCAUUGCUUCUUUUCAACACUUCCCUUUUGACUCAGAUUGGGAUGAAGACCCAGAUUUGUUCUUGGAGCGGUUGGCCUUCCCCGAUCUCUGGCUUCACCCUCUGAUACCAACUGAUUAUAUUAAAAACUUACCCAUGUGGAGGUUUCAAUGCCUCAGCGCCCAUUCUGACGAGGAAACGCUGGAAACCUUUCCAGACAGCGAAAGUGACUCUGACAGUGAGAACAGAGAGGUCUCGGAGGACGAUGAGCUGGGCACGUGUCACAGGUGCAGUGAAGGAGGUGUUGAUGCCUGUCCGUGUGCCAGUCACUAUUGUCACCACGAGCCAUGUGAACGCAGAGCCAGGUCCUGCAGCUCGUACGGCUCCGCGGGUGACCUGGAGCCAGACUGGUCAGCCUGGCCCCCCGACAUGUUGCACUGUACGGAAUGUGUGGUGUGUCUAGAAAAUUUUGCACAGGGCUGCCUGCUGAUGGGCUUGCCCUGCGGCCACGUGUUCCACCAGAAUUGCAUCAUGAAGUGGCUGGCGGGCGGGCGGCACUGCUGUCCCGUCUGCAGGUGGGCGUCCUACAAAAAAAAGCAGCCAUACACACACCCGCAGCCUUUGCCGAGUGAGCCCCCGUCUUAGCUGUGUGCCCCUGUCUUUUGUAAGCUUUCAGGAUAUUACUGCUUGCCUUUUAAAUGUUAGUCACUUAAAAGAUUACGUGGUUUGAAGUUUUAGUUUAAAUGUUAGUGCAGUGAACUAAAAUAUACAUGAUGCUAGCGUUAAUGACAGAAUCAUUUGGUUGCCUUGUAUGUUGAACUGAAUGCAAACUUACCUUACAAAUAAUUUGUUCUCUUCAACAUCUGGAAACUUGAUGCUGUUUUUGUAAGCACAAAAAUCAAGCCUACAAGAGAAGCGUAUUCCAGCAAACAUUUACAAGUUGGGAUGUGGGUGAAAUUGAAAUUCUAAUCGGAGACAAUUGCUUAAUUUAAGUGUUUCUUAUUUUAGAGUCUGUUCUGCACAUCUUUGUUGAAUAAUGUAUGUUGUAAGACAGUACCAUUUAAAAAGAAAUCGGUGAAAUAAAUUAUUUUAAAAGGAGA